AUGUUGAUCGAAGUAAGAAGUCAUAUAUUAUUUAUCACGGGUAUAUUACUAUUGGUUGGAAUUACAUAUACAAAUGCAUCAAAACAAGCACAAGAUAAAGCAGAUAAAUUAAUACAAUUUAUUUGUGAAAAAUUAUAUGAUGAUGAUUUAUAUUCAGAAGAAAACCAACGAUGGUUAAGUCUUUGUGAGAAAUGGAUUAAAUCAAUGAAUCAUCAACAACAGAAUGAUUUACAAAAUGAAAAUAUGAUAGAUGAAUCAUCCAUGAAAGAAAAAUAUCAGCCACGAAAAUUUAGCUUCAGAUCUGGAUUUCGUAGUAGUAGUAGUUCUCGUAUUUCAUCCAGUAGUAGCCGAAGUAGUAGUAGUAGAAGCAACAGUAUUCGCACAAGUGGAAGUCGAACAUCUUCCAUUGGUACACGAUUUCGUAGUAUACGUACUGGUGCAACCAUUUCUCGUCCAACUGGUUGGUUAUGGAGUCGAACACGACAUAUUUUUCUUCCAGUAUCUCGAUACUAUUAUUAUCGAUCUCGUCCUUCUAAUAAUCGAUACACGACACCAGCUACUGGAAAUGAAACUUAUUAUUAUUGUACAUCAAAUACGAGUGCUGCUAUAGAAAUUCAAUGUAGUUCUAUUAAUGGUGAUGGACAAUGUUGUGAAGAUGAAACAAUUUCACAAGUAUUUUGUUGUGGUGGUAAAAUUGACGAUGAUCUUGUAGACGAUUUUAAUCAAGCGACACAAAUUAUAGCACGAAUCUUUUAUACUCUAACAGCGAUAGCAUUAUUUAUGCAUAUAUUUAUGAGACGCUUUUAUCGAUAA